AUGGGUCACAACCGGAUCCAUGUGCUGCAGGAGUCUGCUCUGCAAGGCCUGAAGCGACUUCAUGUGCUAAAUCUGCAGAAUAACAUGAUUACCACAGUGCGUGCCAACAUCCUCUCAGCACUGCUAAAGCUGGAGUUUCUCUAUCUGGAUGGUAAUAAAAUUGAGACCUUACAGGGGAGUCUCAGGUUGCCCGUGCUGAAUUUGUUUAGUCUGGCGAAUAAUAAGAUCUCAUCAGUCCCAUCAGCUUUCUUCGCAUCAUUGGGCCUUCUAAAGACUUUAGACUUGUCCUCAAACCUUCUCACCAAAGUUCCUCACAAUCUCCCACAAGCCCUGAUUCACCUGAACCUGGACAGAAACCAGAUCAGAUCGUUAAAAAGCCGUGAUCUGGCCCAACUGUGUGACCUAACGACUCUGUCUGCAUGCCACAACAGACUGGUGUCUGUAGACGGCGGUCUUCGGCUGCCCAAUCUCACCGUGUUGGAGUUGGCAGGUAACCAGCUGAGACUGCUGCCCAGCAGGCUGUCGACUAAACUUGAGAAGGUGGACUGUGGGCAGAAUCAGAUACAGGAAGUGACCCAUCAGCAGCUGUCUGGUCUGAGGCACCUGAAACAUCUCUUUCUGGAGAACAACACCAUCCGACAGUUUGAACCCAAUGCUCUGAGGGACUGUGUUCACCUCACCAACCUGGCUCUGGAGCAGAACCUCCUCUCCACCAUCCCACAUGGGCUCCCUGAAUCACUAGUACGCCUGGAUCUGAAAGGUAACCACAUUACCACAAUUCAGGACCGCGCCCUGAAGCCCCUCAAGCGGCUUCGAGUGCUGAAUCUGCGCAACAACCGGCUCUCCUCGCUGCCUGCCAUGAACCUUCUGCCCAGACUGAGGACUCUAUACCUAGAGGGAAACCUGUGGAACUGCACAUGCGAGCUCCUCAAGGUCAAAAGAGCGCUGCUGGCUCGGGAUGUGGAUAUGAGCACAGAAUUAUGCACUGAACCUGUCCAUUCAUCACUGGACAUUUGGCAAGCAUACAUCAUGGCCCAAGAGACGUGUGAGGAGCAGAACAGAGACUUCUUACAAGAGAGCCACACAGUAAACACAGACAAUGAGGAGUACGAUGACUAUGACUUUUAAUAUGAAGAAUAAAAACAGAAAGUUCAGUAAAUGUUAGAAUUACAAUGUGCAGUUCACUUUUUAUACAGUACAGGGAUUUUUUCCCCGUCAUUAUGUAUCAGAGUGUAUGUAAUGCAUUUUUAGUGUGUUAUUCUUUUGUUAUUAUUCUAAAGUCUAGACUGUAGAUUGACCAGGUUUAAGACUUCAUCUACAGUAACACAUUGAACCACCAGAGGACGCCACAGAUCUUAUUACUGUAACUCUACUUAAAUUCUUUUUUUUUCUACGCAUGAUUCCACAUUACAUUACUAAAUAAAUAAUUUUGUACAUUUUGUUAUAUCAUGUAUACAUUAUUUGGUGUUCUGUUUUAUAUUGGCCCUUCUGUUAUU